CGUAUCGCAUAGUUCAUGCAGUUUGGGCCGGCCGUCAAACUUGCUUUCAGUGUGUUGCUGUUAUUUAAUUGCUACGUUUUUUGCUAGUUUUGAAUAGGUUUGACAAGAUGGCUCGCCGGUAUGAUACCAGAACAACUAUAUUCUCACCAGAGGGACGGCUAUACCAAGUGGAAUAUGCAAUGGAAGCUAUAAGUCACGCUGGUACCUGUUUAGGAAUCCUGGCUAAUGACGGAAUCUUACUAGCCGCAGAAAGAAGAAACACCAACAAGCUGUUGGAUGAAGUAUUUUUCUCAGAAAAAAUCUAUAAACUAAAUGAGGAUAUGGUUUGCUCUGUCGCCGGAGUGACAUCUGAUGCAAACGUCCUAACUAACGAGCUCCGCUUAAUCGGUCAAAGAUACCUACUCCAAUACGGUGAAACCAUUCCUUGUGAGCAACUGGUUUCUUGGCUUUGUGAUGUCAAACAAGCCUACACUCAAUACGGAGGUAAACGACCGUUCGGAGUUUCCAUACUCUACAUGGGUUGGGACCGGCAUUACGGUUAUCAGCUCUACCAGUCAGAUCCUAGUGGUAAUUACAGCGGCUGGAAAGCUACCUGUAUUGGCAACAAUUCGGCAGCAGCUGUGUCUUCUCUCAAACAGGAAUAUCAAGAGGGAGAAACUACUUUGAAAGACGCAAUGGCUCUUGCGAUUAAAGUUCUCUCAAAAACUCUAGAUAUGACUAAACUCUCCUCUGACAAAGUCGAGAUGGCAACUCUAACUCGUGAAGAUGGAAAAACAAAGACUCGUAUUCUACCAGCAUCUGAAGUGGAGGCAUUGGUUGCUGAACAUGAUCGACUAGAAGCACUUGCUGAACAGGCAAAGAAGGAAAAGCAAAAACUGUAAAAUAUCAAACUAUCGAAUUUUUAUUACUUAUUAAUUCAUAGUGAAUAAUGAUUAUUUGAUUACGUGAACUUGAGCAUCUGGCGUAAGUGAUAAAUAGCUUACAUUUUUGAAUAAAAAUGAAUUACAA